UCCCCGUGCACGCGUAUGGACGUCGGGAGCGCGCGUGCUAACACGGCACCGUACAUUUCUUCUAAAUUGCACAUUUGAUACCCCAGAAGCUACGCAGGAUGUGUAGCAACCGGGCGCAACGCACUUUCUGAAUCCGCUUCCGGCGUACCGACGACACCGACGCCUGUGCCCACAGACUGAUCACAGGGUUUCUCCCCGUACAGCGCUGAAUGGUAGCAGCUGAGAGGCGGGUGCGGAGCGAGGGUUGCCAAACCCGCAGGAUUUCUCACGGCUCGCGGACUAGAAUGCUCUUCUAUAUGUAUCCCCAUGAACGGAUGACAACCUCCAAAAAAAACCAACACUGACAACUUUCAGUUCUACAUUUGACGCGGAGCUAGCUGGCUUUGAGAUUUUUAUUUAAUUUAAUUUUUUUUGUAAACCAGGUCCAAGAACAGGCAUCAUGCAGGUGCAAACUGUGGGCUAACGUUACUGAAAUGACUCGCUCGGCGCUGACGCGUUUCAUUGUGCCACACAGCCCCGCAUUGUCAGAUGCCAUUUUACUCUCCGUUAUCCCAGCGCCUGGGACUCCAACACACUGGGCCUGUUGUGCAAUUAGAAGUUCGUGAGGCAAACAAGCUGAUGCAAUGAGAAGCUACGCUGCCCAAGACAUUGUGCGCAAUUUGUGCUGAAGCUUAUGGGUCCUGCGUACUCCAGCUCCCGGCUUCCACUUGGAGAGGCGUGCGGCUGGGCUACAGCGCACUGGCUGUCGGCUUCACAUCUGGACCGCCCGACUACUGUCUUCUGCGGCCUGUUCCGACUGUGCACUCCCUGAACUUGUAUGUAUAAGAGAGACUGACGGCGAUCGCCUCGGAUGGUGUCGUGCUAGGGGGAAAGGGGUGCGUAUUUGGCUGGGACUUGACGCUAUCGGUGAUCGACUGGAAUACCGUAGCUGACUACCCAAGGAAAACACGCUUAUCCAGCAAGUUAUGGAUUUUGCGUAGCAAAGUCACGUAUCGUUAAAGCUAACGCUAGGGUGACAUUGCAGUCUUCUCACCACAUCGGUUAUUUCGUCGUCCGACAAAAAAAAGAGUGAAAGUGGACUAUUGUCCAUCAUACGUAUCCGCGCAGUGGGAUUUCUACGUCUAGUCGGCGUUCCCCCCCCCACCCUUCCCGCGGUGACGGUUAUGGGUCGGAAGCGGUGUGUCGGUGCAGAUUGUUCCAAGAUGGCGGCCGGGUGCUGCGGGGUGAAGAAGCAGAAACUGUCGGGAUCGCCCGGGUCGGGGGGUCCCGGCGGGGUGGGGGCGGGAAGCGGGAUGGCAGGAACCGGACACUGUGGCUCGGAGUUGGGGAUUGGCUCCUCAGCCACCGUUGCAGCAGCGGCGAACGUGAGCAGAGCCAACGGCCUGGGGGGACCCGGGGGUAACGUUAGCAGCAGCGGUAGUAGUAGUAGUGGUAGCAGCGGCACAAACGCUCUGUCCCCGUCCCCGGCCGGUUACUCUUCAUCCGGCCUCUCCCCGAAUCUCAGCUCGGGACCGGGUUCGGGAAGUGGAGGCAGAAAAAUGGUCGUCUCAGCGGAGAUGUGCUGCUUCUGUUUUGACGUGCUUUAUUGCCAUCUGUACGGAUACCAACCUCCGAGAACACCCAGGUUUACAAACGAUCCCUACCCGCUGUUUGUCACAUGGAAAAUAGGCAGAGACAAGCGGUUGAGGGGUUGUAUAGGUACAUUUUCUGCCAUGAAUCUGCACUCAGGACUCAGGGAGUACACCCUUACCAGUGCCCUUAAAGACAGCCGCUUCCCCCCUAUGACAAGGGAUGAGCUGCCUCGACUCUUCUGCUCAGUGUCUCUUCUCACCAACUUUGAAGACGUUGGUGAUUACCUUGACUGGGAGGUGGGUGUUCACGGUAUUAGGAUAGAGUUUUUCAAUGAAAAAGGAUCAAAGCGCACCGCCACCUACCUACCAGAGGUUGCAAAGGAGCAAGGUUGGGACCACAUUCAAACCAUAGAUUCCUUACUACGAAAGGGAGGUUACAAAGCUCCCAUCACAAACGACUUCAGGAAGACCAUUAAGUUAACCAGGUACCGUAGCGAGAAGAUGACAAUGGGUUAUGCAGAGUACAUCGCCCACCGCCAGCACCAUCACUACCAGAAUGGCAUUGGGCACCCUCUACCACCCUACAACCAUUAUUCCUGACAGCGAGCCGCAUGACCAAUCAUUGGACCUCUCCGCGGACCUUUUCCCAGGAGAGCCAGCCCCCUCCUGGUCUAGCUAUUUCUACUACUGUACCAUUUUAUGAUGAUAGUUUCCGUUGCCAUGCUGGCUGUCUCCCAGACGUUGACAUGGCAACGGGUGGCAACAAAGCAUCAUUUGAUGAUGGUCUGUGGUUAAGUUUUUGCAGCAUAUGUAUACCAAUAUCUAUAACCCCCCAUAUCCAAUAAUACUUUUGAAAAUUAAACAACUACUAGAUUCUUUUCAGCAAACCUAAUCAGGUGUUUGAUUCUGUGGAUGGAAGGAAGUCUUUUUUUCCGGUGGAUUAGUCUCUCGCUUAUAUUGUUUAGGCUUUGCUACAAUUUUACAUUAUCUAAAAAAAAAAAAGAAAAGAAAAAAAUCUUAUUUUUUCCGUUUCUUUAACUUACUAUCCAGACACGUGUGCCAUGUAGCAAGGCAACUGCAGUUCUCAAAGGCUGUGUCUCUAUUCUGACUCCCCAAAAAUACAAACAAACAAAAAACAAAACAACAGAUUGACUGUUGAGCCUUGUAAACUCUUGUAGUGUUGUAGUUGGAACUAUAUAUCGGGAUCUGUAUACUCCAAAGUCUAGAUGGUAGGAUUGUGAUGCCCUUUGCUGGUAGUGUGUAUUGUUUGAGGUCACAAUCGUGUGUGUGCGUGUGUAUUUCUGUGUGGAUAUAGAUAUUGGUCUGCCACAAGAUGGGAACCAGUUCAGUAAAUUGGAUCUUGCCGAGAGAUCCCCCACAGAUAUCUUUUGAAAAUCCCCUGUUAGUAUUUGUUGUGUUUUAUGGUGGAACCAGUUACACACAUAACUGAGUUUGUUUGGCUAGAGCUUUCAGCCACGUUCCCCUCUUUUUAAUUUUUUUUCUUAACGUUUUUGAAAUGUAAGAUAAUUUGCGGAGGAAGCCAUUUUGUCUGAGGAUAAUCACUUCUUGGCAGAGGAUUUCUUAUUGUAAAAUGGGCUACAAGUGGGUCUGAUUGCCCCACAUUGAACAGGGGGAGCAGGCACCACGACAGGUCCCAAGAAAAAAAGAGGAAAAAAAAUGUGCAUGAGCAGUGCUUUCAUUUGAAUUGACUGUCUGUGUUGGUUUCUGAGUUUACUGGCAUGUGACAGGGCCAUGCGAUAACUACUUAAAGCCAUAUUCUCUUUUUAUCCCACACUUUGUAAGAGUAAUCUGUUGUUUGGCUUGAAGUGUUUUGCAUUGGGCACCACGUAGUGGGUCACCUCUAGUAUGUAGGGUCUUCAAUCUCUCACCAGCCAGCCUCCGGCGAGGCGGCAUCACUGAAUACUAGUCAAACCCGGCGGUUUCAGUCGGAUCGCCCCGUGUCGUAAUCGUUUUGUCUUGCCUCUUCAGAUUAUAGCUAACCAUUUGUCACUCGUUCACAGAGUGUGAUGCGUUCAUAGGGAGGGCUGUAAUGAACACGUUUUUGUCAUUUUGGGAAUGCAUGCCAUUGUGCUCGUCAGAUUCUGAAGCGGUUGCAUCGAGUUGAUUUUAGUUGCUGAAGCCGCACCGCCGCUUCUUCUCCCUCCAACACUUUGCUGUUCAGCGAGAUACCCGUUGGUGUGUGCGUGUGUGUGUGUGUCCACGGCGUUUAGAUUUGCAAGCCUGUUUGGCAGCACGGCGAAACGCAGUCAAGUGAGUUUGAGUUCGCUGUGCGGGGCCCGGCGGCUUGCAGUUAAAGUCUACAAAUAAAAAGCCAGGGCUUUGUUGGGACUCAAGAAGCCAUUUCUCACCCAACACUUACUUGUUGUGAGUCACAUCCACACACACUCUCUCUCUCUCUCUCUCUCUCUCUCUCACUCACUCACUCACUCACUCACUCACACACACACACACACACACACACACACACACACACACACACACACACACACACACACUAGGCUAGUUGGAUCACCGCGGUCCGCCUGCUUUGGGUUCGGCUUUAGUUCCACUGGCUGGGAGGAUUUAAGAGGUUCUGUCCGUAACAUCUUUCUUCGUAACAGCCUUUACUAACUGACAGGUUAUUUUUCUUUAUGCAAAAAUGUCAAGGGCUUUUGGCACUCCAUCCACAGUAACCCGAAAUGACCCAGAUUUAAGUUGUGUUGCCUUAAAUGAAUGAUCUAGUAGGUGAUGGACCGAUAGAUGACGCUCCGGCUGCUCCUCUGUCCCGUGGUACGCUCGCCACCCCCACCCCCCACAUCUUCACACCACAGUGUAGGAAAGGGCCUCAGAUGUCGUUUUGUCACUCGAACGCUAAUCCCUUCGUGGACAUACGGGGGCUCCUGUAUGCCUGCGGUCCCCUCUUUUUCCUUCACGUCUUACCCAGCUGCUGGUCCUCAAUUCUUUCAUUUUUGAAAGCCCCACAUGAACACAUUCUCUUAAAAACAAUGUUGGGCACUGUGGUGUCGUAACCCCUAAAUGUUUAAAACCGGCGGGCAGGCGGCUUCGCGCCUCGUCAAAUGUAAAGCCCGACAGAGGAGCAGAGAGGCGUUCAUUUCCUGGUCCAUUCAACACAGCACAGCCUGAAUUCUUCUGCUGCAAAACCAAAUUGACCAUGCUCUUUUACAUAUAUGUCUUUGUAUACACAUGCAAUGUAUUUAGUUGCAUGUAUGUAUGAGUAUGAGACCUAUGGUUUUAUCCAUGAUAUGCUUGAUCUAUGGCUUAGACGCUCUUAUUAACCAUGAAGAGAUUUAAAAGACAAAUAUGGUGCUAUCGGACCUCAUAUUGGGGUGGUCAUGCGGACUCAUUGAUCAUAUCAUCCAUAAAGAUGCCGCAUGUAAGAUUUUCUCCUUGGUGUGUCGCUGUGACUUGAGUUAUGACGGCACAUUUGUAUUACAGAAGGAUGUGACUGUCACUGAUACAAGCAGUAGCCCCCGAGCAUCUUCGCUUUUCAUUAACCAAUGCGGGCGACUUUGGGAUCAAUUCCCUAUGGGAAAAAACAGACUGAUAUUAUAACACUCAUAACGAAGAAAGACAAGGUCCCUGCAGCAAACACCUCAGAGGGGCUCUGGAAAUGUACUGUCAAUGGUCGUCAUUGCAUUUUUAACAGGGCCACAUUUUUGAGAAAAUCCUACAUGUGUUACCUUUUACUAUCCUUGAUAUAUGCAGAUCUGUUCAACAGGUGUUUUUUUUUCUUUUUUUUCUCCUUGUUUUUGUUUUCCUACCAGUGCAAGUCAACACCCGUGCAGGUUUGAAAGGACACGAAGUCACACGUAGCCUCCCACCCCUCGAUCGCACCCCACACUGUGGCCCCACCUCACGGCCGGGUCGGUCAACGUGUGCCGCGUGCCGUUCACUAGAUAGCGGCGGCAGUAGUGACCGGUGCCUCUCCGGGAAGAUUGGAUGCUGCUUUUGCAGAAGCACGUCCUCCGGUUUCCUUUAGCUGCUCAAUCGUUCCGACCUCUGUAAAGACAAAGUUUGACUUGUUGACUAGCGAACGGUCCUGGAACUACGUUGAAGGUGAGCAUCUCCUUUUAACGGGUCGCAGAGCUAAUGUUUUACGUAGAACACGCAGAAAAUAGUCCUGCUCCUGUACUGAAUUUAACUGUUUAAAGCAUUGAUACCUCAUGGGAUAUUGUGGAGCGACAUUUGUAGUUUGUUGUAGCAGAUUGAGUUUUGGUUCCAUACCAGGGUGAGAGUUCAGCCUCAGCAUUCCUUGUGUGGUCAUUCUCAUAUUUCGUGGAAUGCUCAAGCUUACCUUCGUAUGUUUGACUGAACCAAAGAUGCCAGCGGCCGUGCCCAAAUGCUGCUCUUCAGGCCUGGCUUCCUGUCCUUUCAAAAGACACCCCUGCAAAUGACAAAUGUUUUUUUUUCUCUUUUUUGUGUAUGUGUGUGUGUGUGUGUGUGUGUGUGUGUGUGUGUGUGCGCGCGCGAUUUCUCAAUUGUCUUGACUUAUUGAGCAACCCAAUUUUUCAAUGAAUUUUCAUUGGAGUCUAUCUCUGAAGCCGUACAUGGCAUCAAUGAUGGUUAAAAAGAUGGUUGCAAAUUGUGGUUACAGUACUUGUUUUGUUUAUUGUUAUUAUUAUUAUUAUUGAGUAGAAUUAUUAUUAUUACUAUAAUUUACAAAAAUGAAAAUCCCAUGGUGUGCCUCCUAGCUUUAUGGGUUUAUAAAUGUUUUUUCCCUAAAGACCAGCAGUUAUACUUUGUAUAAAAGAUGGAUUCCUUAUUUUUUAUGCCAUUAAAGAUGAAAAAGCCUGUUUUCGUUACUCUGGACCCAGUAGCUGCACUGGUAUACAAUCGCACUGAUAGAUGAAUAAAAAAAGAAUAGAUGAAUUAUUAAUAAUAAUAAUAAUGACAAAUGAAAUUAGAACUACAAUAAACUUGUGUUUGAAGCUUUUAUAAAAAAUAAAAGAAAGUAAAAAAAUAAAAUGACUGUUUUUGUACAUCAAAAUAAAUUCUUUUCAAAAGAA